AUGGCAAGUCAGUGGAUUAUCUUUACCUGCGCUCUGCUGGCAGCAAUUUCUAUUGCCUCGGCUGGAGAGAAAGACUCCCAGUUAGGGGACAGCACUCAAAAGUUGGAUCUACUUUUGGAGGCAAUCAACGAACUGGAGAGCCAGCGGGUGAAGGAAAAUACAAGCGACUGGAAGCUUAAAGAGGACUCUGCUAAACAGCGGCCCAAUAGCAAGAGAUUAAGAUGGAAUCGCAGGAGUAAUGGUAUUCCAGAGAAUCGAAGAUUCGCCGCCUAUUCAUCAUCGAUUUCGUAUCCACCAAAUCCCGAUUACAUCAAUGUGAAGGACUAUGAACCCACGCCAGCACCUUGGUGGUUCAACAUCAAUUAA